AGGCCUUUUAAAAAGCGGACUUAAAAGUUGCUGGCAAUGCAUUCCUUCUCAAAGUGGAGAGCAAGCGCUCGUUGAAAUCUAGGUGACCCGGGUCCUCUGCUCGGAGAGCCAGGGCAGGGAAAGGGAGAGCCGUAGGGAAUCUGUUGGAAGACGGGGAGACAAAGAUAGGGGAAUGGUGGCUUCCACGGGAAAAGUUGCAGAGACGCAGCCAAAGACCGUUUUCCUUCUCGCACGGAAAUCGAAAUGACUUUUAGUACCGUUGGCCCCCUUCAGAAUAACCCUGUGAAUAUUUCUCUUUGAAUUUUUCUUCUUGAAACUGUUAUUCAGCCUGCCAAAUAGACUUACAAUCAAGAAACCUUUUGGGGAGCGUUGUGGUUACGUUACUUCGAGUUGAUAAGCUUGGAAAAGAAUUGAGACUCCUGUUUACAUAUGUGAACCUAAAACUGCUUCCUUUUGUCAGGGAAGUAGUCUUUUCUGUGAUCGACCUCAGUCACUGACUUGAGAGAUGGUUUUGUGAAGUUCUAGGUGCAUACCGUGUUCUGCUAAGCCCCACCGACCCUACUGGAAGAUCUUGAGCCCUCUUCUGGAAAGGGGUGCCCAUCGUUGCUUUAUGGGGCAACAGCCUGGAAAAGUUCUUGGGGACCAAAGAAGGCCAAGUUUGCCUGCCCUGCACUUUAUCAAAGGAGCAGGGAAAAAGGACUCAUCGAGACAUGGGGGUCCACACUGUAAUGUUUUUGUGGAACAUGAAGCCCUACAGAGGCCAGUAGCAUCUGACUUCGAGCCCCAGGGACUCAGUGAGGCAGCUCGAUGGAACUCCAAGGAGAACCUUCUCGCUGGGCCUAGCGAAAAUGACCCCAACCUUUUCGUUGCACUGUAUGAUUUUGUGGCCAGUGGAGACAAUACUCUCAGCAUCACCAAAGGUGAAAAGCUCCGGGUCUUGGGUUAUAAUCACAAUGGGGAAUGGUGUGAAGCCCAGACCAAAAACGGCCAGGGAUGGGUCCCAAGCAACUACAUCACCCCUGUCAACAGCCUGGAGAAGCACUCCUGGUACCAUGGGCCUGUGUCCCGGAACGCCGCCGAAUAUCUGCUGAGCAGCGGGAUCAAUGGCAGCUUCUUGGUGCGAGAGAGUGAGAGCAGUCCUGGACAGAGGUCCAUCUCACUAAGAUAUGAAGGGAGGGUGUACCACUACAGGAUCAACACUGCUUCUGAUGGCAAGCUCUACGUCUCCUCGGAGAGCCGCUUCAACACCCUGGCUGAGUUGGUUCACCAUCAUUCUACGGUGGCCGAUGGGCUCAUCACCACUCUUCACUACCCAGCCCCCAAGCGCAACAAGCCCACCGUCUACGGUGUGUCCCCCAACUAUGACAAGUGGGAGAUGGAGCGCACAGACAUCACCAUGAAGCACAAGUUGGGCGGAGGCCAGUACGGGGAGGUGUACGAGGGCGUGUGGAAGAAGUACAGUCUGACCGUGGCCGUGAAAACCUUGAAGGAGGACACCAUGGAGGUCGAGGAGUUCCUAAAGGAGGCUGCUGUGAUGAAGGAGAUCAAGCAUCCUAACCUGGUGCAGCUUCUAGGGGUAUGUACCCGGGAGCCCCCGUUCUACAUCAUCACCGAGUUCAUGACCUAUGGGAACUUGUUGGACUACCUGAGAGAGUGCAACCGGCAGGAGGUGAGCGCCGUGGUGCUUCUGUACAUGGCAACUCAGAUCUCAUCCGCCAUGGAGUACCUGGAGAAGAAAAACUUCAUCCACAGAGAUCUUGCUGCCCGGAACUGCCUGGUUGGGGAAAAUCACUUGGUGAAGGUGGCUGAUUUUGGCUUGAGCAGGUUGAUGACAGGGGACACCUACACAGCCCAUGCUGGAGCCAAGUUCCCCAUCAAGUGGACCGCACCUGAGAGCCUGGCCUAUAACAAGUUCUCCAUCAAGUCGGAUGUCUGGGCAUUUGGAGUAUUGCUUUGGGAAAUUGCUACCUAUGGCAUGUCACCUUACCCAGGAAUUGACCUGUCACAGGUCUAUGAGCUGCUGGAGAAAGACUACCGCAUGGAGCGCCCGGAAGGUUGUCCGGAGAAGGUCUAUGAGCUCAUGCGAGCAUGUUGGCAGUGGAAUCCCUCUGAACGGCCUUCCUUUGCUGAAAUUCACCAGGCCUUUGAAACGAUGUUCCAGGAAUCUAGUAUCUCAGAUGAAGUGGAGAAGGAGCUGGGGAAGCAAGGUGUGAGAGGGGCUGCUGGCACUGUGCUUCAGGCCCCGGAGCUGCCCACCAAGACCAGGACCUCCAGGAGAGCUACUGAGCAGAAGGACACCACUGACAUGUCGGAGCUGCCCCACACCAAAGCCCAGGGAGAGAGUGAUCCCCUGGACCAUGAGCCUGCUGUAUCCCCACUGCUUCCUCGGAAAGAGCGUGGGCCCCCAGAUGGCAGCCUAAAUGAAGACGAGCGCCUUCUCCCCAAAGACAAAAAGACCAACCUGUUCAGUGCCUUGAUUAAGAAGAAGAAGAAAAUGGCGCCAAUGCCCCCCAAACGCAGCAGCUCUUUCCGGGAGAUGGAUGGCCAGCCGGAGCGCCGAGGGGCCAGUGAGGAUGAUGGCCGGGAGAUCAGCAAUGGAGCACUAGCUCCCACCCCCUUGGAGGCAACAGAGCCCACCAAGUCCCCAAAGGCCAGCAAUGGGGCUGGCGUCCCCAAUGGAGCCUUCCGGGAGCCAAGCGGCUCAGGUUUCCGUUCUCCCCACCUGUGGAAAAAGUCCAGCACAAUGACCAGCAACCGGCUGGCCACCGGUGAAGAGGAAAGCUGCGGCGGCAGCUCCAGCAAGCGCUUCCUGCGGUCCUGCUCAGCCUCCUGCAUGCCCCAUGGGGCCAGGGACACAGAGUGGAGGUCGGUCACACUGCCCCGGGACCUGCCAUCUGCUGGCAAGCAGUUUGACUCAUCCACUUUUGGAGGACAUAAAAGUGAGAAGCCGGCUCUGCCUCGGAAGCGGGCCAGUGAGACCACCAGGUCUGAGCAUGUGGCCAAAGGCACGGUGACACCCCCUCCCCGACUGGUGAAGAAGACCGAGGAGGCUGCUGAUGAGGUCUUCAAGGAUAUGGAGUCUAGCCCCGGCUCUAGUCCUCCCAGCUUGACUCCCAAGCUCCUCCGUCGGCAGGUCACUGCCUCUCCUUCCUCUGGCCUCCCCAACAAGGAAGAGGCCACCAGGGGCAGUGCCUCUGGGACCUCUGCCUCCACUGAGCCAGCACCCCCGAGCAGCAGGGUAGGGCUCAGCAAGGCCUCCACCGAGGAGACCCGAGUAAGGAGGCACAAGCACUGCUCUGAUUCUCCAGGGAGAGACAAGGGGCGGCUGUCCAAGCUCAAGCCUGCUCCUCCACCACCGCCAGCCUCUGCGGGGAAAGCUGUGAAACCAGCACAGAGCCCCAGCCAGGAAGUGGCCGGGGAGGCAGGCAGUGCCACAAAGACAAAAUGUACAAGUCUGGCUAUGGAUGCUGUGAACAGUGACACCGCCAAACCUGGCCAGCCAGGGGAAAGCCUCAGAAAACCUGUGCCCCCGUCCGUGCCAAAGCCACAGUCAGCCACUAAGCCACCAGGGACUCCCACCAGCCCAGCCUCUACUCCCUCCAUACUGCCAGCAGCCUCCUCAGCCCUAGCUGGGGACCAGCCAUCUUCCGCUGCCUUCAUCCCCCUCAUAUCGACACGAGUGUCUCUUCGGAAGACCCGCCAACCCCCGGAGCGCAUCGCCAGCGGCACCAUCACCAAGGGCGUGGUUCUGGACAGUACCGAGGCCUUGUGCCUUGCCAUCUCCAGGAACUCGGAGCAGAUGGCCAGCCAUAGUGCUGUGCUGGAGGCCGGCAAAAACCUGUACACGUUCUGCGUGAGCUACGUGGACUCCAUCCAGCAGAUGAGGAACAAGUUCGCCUUCCGCGAGGCCAUCAACAAGCUGGAGAACAACCUCCGAGAGCUCCAGAUAUGCCCUGCAACAGCAGCCAGCGGCCCGGCCGCCACGCAGGACUUCAGCAAGCUCCUCAGCUCUGUAAAGGAGAUCAGUGACAUCGUGCAGAGGUAGCAGAAGUCAGGGCUUAUGCCAUCCGGAGCUACUGCAGUCCAUGAGGGCUCAUGUGCCUGUGUGUGACGGUGACAGAGGACCAGGGGCCUGCAUCUUGGCAGGGGCUCUGAGCCAGGUGGCCUUUCUACCUGCAUUGGGCACCAGCUGGCUUGCACCUUUCUUCCCCAUCCCAGGCACCCUGAGCCACCUCUCUUCUUACCUCCUCCUAUCUGUGGACUUACUGAUCUGUGACUGUAGCCAGCCUGCCAGGUGCCAGGGCCCACCAGGCUUACCCAUCAGUGCCUCAGAGCCAGCCCUCAGGCCAGCUGGGAAUACCCAGAGGACUGUGUUCCUCUCAGGAGGAGGCCCUGCUCAUUCUGUCUCUGUCUCUGUCUCUAUCUCUCUUUCUCUCUCUCUCUCCCUCCCCCUCCCCUCCCCCCCACGCACACGCAUGCACACACACACACACACACACGUGACCCUUUACUGGCCAUCCUAUACCUUCAAGCUAAAGGCCUGUCCCAGGAAGGCUGUGCUCACCAUUUCCUCAUGUAAAGGAAGCUGUUGAUCUGGAGGUUAUGGGGUGCUAAAGUCAAGGGCCCACAUGUGUGGGUGCUAAAGAUGGUGGAGCCUGGGAAAGUGCCGGCAGCCUGUCGCCUGUCCUCUACAUCACACAUGUUGUGCCCUACAGAUCCUGGAUAGGAAGCUUGAGCUUCACAGGUGACUGUCGCUAGCCGGCUGGGCACACAGGGCAAGCCCAGUGCUCCAGGAGGCCACUCCUUACUUCAAGGUGCCCCAAAAGAUAAGGGUUUCUGAGCAGUGUCCUUCCUCUCUCCUGUUCCUGAAGCCAGGUUGAUCCUCGGGCCCUUGUUUCUAUGACAGAGUCUGGCUUUCUGGUGUUGUGAGCUUUUCAAAGUCUGUGCAGAAAAGAGCAGACACCAGGCACAGCCAGGCAGGAAGAAAAGCCCGCUGGCCUGGGCCAUCCCCGGCCUGGCUACCCCUCAGAGCUGCUGCUCGACUGCCGUCACUGCUCAGCCCAGUGCUCCUGUGACUUGCCACAGCACAGGCAGGGUGGGGUAUAUUUUGCAGACUUGGCCAGGGCAAGCCUCCCUUCCCCAGGCAGUCAGCUGAGGAGCAAGAGGAGCACCUGCCCGGGUCUCAUACUGGGCCUGGAGAAACCCCUCCGUACUCCCUGCUUCCACACUGGCUGCUUUGCACAAGCCCCAGUUUUACACUAAUCACCUAGUCUCUGGAUUUAUUUUUCUGAUAGAGAUGGUUUCCUCUGUAUUGUUCUUCUAUGGUCUUCACAGCACAUCACCUCCUGGCCCCCAACGGCUGUUCCUCAGCCUGAAGGAGGCAGUGCCACACCGCCAGCGGCCUUGCAAAGCCAGAUGCCCUCCACACCCGACCGCCAUGUCCACGAGGUACUCGUCUGUCGUUGCUAACGUGCCACUAUAUUUUGCAUUUAUACUUUGGCAUUACGCUCUUUAUAGACUUGUUCUUUUAUAAAUGAUGUGUAAAUAGGGGCCACUGUGCUCUCACUGGAACAGUGCUGUUCCCUUUUUCCUUGGUCCAGUACAUUUUGUUUCUGUAUAUGACUCUGUUUUUUGAAUCCAAAUCUCUCCUCUGUAGUAUUUUUUAAAUAAAUAAGUGUUUACAGAAUUACUGACA